AUGGCGUCUUUCCGCCUCAUGGAGCCGUGUGCGGCCGUGCGCGCGGGCCGGCCAUGUUUAUACCGUGGUGAGAAAAUUUUCGAGCCGUGCGCCGACCGUGCAGCCGCCGUGAGCCACGAGCGGGACUAUCUUCCACGUGCGCUGCGUGGAAGCGCGAGAUCCCCGCCGCGCGUACCAAGCCGUGCCCGAGGAGGCCUCCACGGGACCGCAGCGCAGCGUCCGCGAGAGCGACGAUGGAGUCCUCCGACAGGGGUGAGUACCACGAUAUCUGUAUCGGUUAUCAUGCACACCGGUCUUAUAGCCUCGCCCGUUCGUGUUAUACUCCUCCGUCACGUAAGUAGCUGCUUUUAAGGUGAUUUACAUGCUUUCGUGAUACCUCUAGGACUUCAUAAUCGUACCAUCUCCAGGUAUACGUUGCAACGAUUAACCGUGGACUUAAUAAAGAUUUACUGCGCUUCGCGAAAAAAAAAAAGAAAAAUAACGCGCGUGUAAUCCGCUUCUUUAAGUUUCUCUCGUACUAAAAACACUUUAAAGCGCCUACUUUCGCUUACAUACAAAUUCAUAUCUUCGAUCUAAUUCUUGCGCGAGAAGCUUUAGGAUUGUAUUCUUGAAGUUAGAGAGAGAAAAUCAGGUUUAAUGAUUUUUAUCACGCCGUCACACUUUUUGGAACGAUAGAUUACUUCCGUCGAGAGAAACGGGAUACCGAGUGGCAUAUAUAAAUUUUUUUUUCGAGAUCGUGCAUACACCACCCACCCCCGUUCUCCGAGCGCGCAUUACCGAACGGCCAUCAUCCUUAACUCGGUCAAGGUUCGCUUCAUGGCCCGGCGAGAAACUAUACCAGGGAGGAAGAUAAGACGAGAGGAGAGGCGAAAGCGCGCGCGUUGUCUUUCUCGCCCGACCGGAAAACUCACGAUAUAUAUCCGUGGCUUUAUUGAACGGCGGUAUUAAGAAAAUGAAAUUGUCCCGGGAGUCUAUAAAGCAUCAUCACGGCGCGAAAAAAUUCCGGCGAGUGCCAUCGAACCUCAUUAUCGUCAUUAUUGUCUGGAGGGUUUUUCCCAGGAUAAAUUGAUUUAAGAGCGUUAGUUAGGAUAUUGUUACAUCGAUAAAGGUAUAUCGGUCUCUUCGUACGAUUCGAUUGUCCCAAACUGAUGCUGCGCACUGAGGGGGCGUCUUCUCAGCGUCGGCAAUUUACGCAUUUUUCUCCAGCUAUCGCAUCCAAAAAAGAAAGGUUUAAACAAAUAGAGUUGACGGCCUUUAUCUCGGCCUCAUUACACCGUCGUUUGCAUUUCGAUUAAGCCGCGUACAGUGUUAUAAUAUAUCGCGACAGCACACGCGUAAGCUACAAAAACGCACGUGCUUGCGCAGAUAACCGCUUCA